CUCGUGCCAGUCGAUGGUUUCGAUGAAAGAGGCAAUGGGAGACAUGGAAGGUUCUUAGAUGGUGUUUUAUGGGGCAGACCAUGCCCAAAUAUCCCAUUUGCCUCUCUGGAGGACUACGAGACUCUUGCCACAGGUGUUGAGCUUGUAGUGCAACAUCUUCUUGCGGAUCAGACUUAUAACUCAAUUGGAAAUUUUAUAAGAUUUUAUGAUGAAUUUAAAAGGAGCACAUUCACAAACCUUAAAACAUUCUUCAAUUCCUUUAUCCCGGCAUUGUGUUCUUCUGAACAGACUUGUGUUGGGCUUGGUCUGGAAUUGUUAACAUGUCUAAAACAAAAAUUUCCACAUCUGAGAAGAGGUGUGCGUCUUGUUUCUUGCGAAGAAUCUGUGGACGACUUAUGUAACUACAUAAGAAGACCACCAGAAGAAGUUGAAGAUACAGAGAAAGAACAUGUUUUGGUAGCCGUUGGCAUUACGAUUGGCAAAACUUACAGAAAAGGAGUUUUGUUAUUAGAUCCUGGAUAUCAUGUCGCACGAGCUGUUACUGUCAUGAAUGACUGUAAAUAUCCUCACACAGGAUGGUUUACACAAACUGACGAAAAAUUUGUAAAAAGAGAAUAUUGUUACACAUUUGCUAAUAAGUCUAAACCUGACUAUGUAAUUUGGGAGGUGAAGGAGACUAGAGGAGAAAAAAUUAAUUUGACAAGCAGUUUAAUUUAUGUUGGAGCUCCAUUUCUAUCGCCUGUGACUAUAACUGAAAAACGAAAUCUUGUUUAUGAUUACAGAUCGUGGUUGGCAAGAAGUACAAAAGGAGAAAUUUUAGCAGGAGUCCAUUUUCCUGUAGCAAACUUAACAAGUACUGUAAGUAAUAAUGAAGUGCUAAACGGAUGUACUGCUACUCUUAUCUAUACAGACAAGAGAGGAACUAAACAAAGAAGAAAAUUAAGAUUCGAACACAUAUAUAAUAACGACUUGAGAGAUAACGAAUGUGAAAUGAUAGAAGAUUGUGGACGACAGUUGGGUCUGACUAAAAGUAACAGCCUUUUGGAAAUAUUGCUAAGAAUUUCGUGUAUCCUCAGUGACAGACAAUUUAUAACACAAGUACUGGAAAUCAACAAAUCGAUUAACAUUAUUGGAGAAUGAUUUUUCAAUGGCAACUGGAGAGUUAAUUCAAUUAAUUAAAAUCAACAUUAUUUAAACUGUUAUGUGUAUGUUUAAUAAUAAAUAUUAUUUUACUACUUUUAUAAGUAUUACUUUGCAUACAUUUAAUACUUUUUACAAGUUGAAAAUUAAUGGUUCAUGGUUAUUUUCAUAUGGAUGCUUUUUUUUUAAGCAAUUAUAAAAAAUAAAAAUGCCAACAAUAAAGAUAAUUAAAAAUUAA